UACGAAUUUGUGUAAUCACUGGACUUGCUAGCUCUUCAAUAUAUUGAUCCUUAUCCAACAAAAUUACAAGGAAAAUCAAUGGGAAGACAGAAUCAGAGUAGAGAUUCGACUUCUCAAGGUAAACAACACUUCAGCCACCCUCACAACUUGAAACUUGUGAAUUCAGCACUAGCUGCAGGAACUCUCACUUGCAAUGCUUGUGAGAAACCAAAUAAUAGUAAUAAGCCUUACUAUGGCUGCAGCAGCUGCCAGUAUUUCCUUCACGAAAACUGCUUCAACGCUCCUCGUUUUCUCAAUCAUUCAUCUCAUCCUUCUCACCCUUUAACCCUUGUCCCAAUUCCAACUUACUCGAGUCGUUCGUAUACUUGCAAGGCUUGUGGCUCUGCUGGAAAUGGAUCUUGCUUUAGCUGUGCUUGUUGUGAAUUUGAUAUUCACUUGCAAUGUGCAUCUUGUCCAAGCUCAGUACUUGUUGACAAACACCCACAUCAUAUGGAGCUCAUCUUUGGUUCUCCUUACCAAGAUAAGAAUAUGGAUUAUAUUUGUGAUAUUUGCAAUGUAAUAAUGAACAGGAACAGUUGGUUGUACUAUUGCACUGGUUGUGAUUUUGGAUCGCACUUGCAGUGUGCAAUUAGUCCUGAAGUUGGUGUUUUCACAACACAACAGCCGCGUCCUAAUCAAAAUCCAAACCGCAAUUCAACAAUGGAGAUGAUAAAUGCAGCUAAUGAAGCUCAUGAACAGAUUCUUGCAGCUCAAAUGAGUGCUCAGAUUGCGGCACGAGGAAGGGAGGCUUGUCUGGACUUGGUCAGGCCAACGCGAAGAUACAGUUACUACUAAUUAACUGUAUCCUCAUCAUCUAAUGCAUCUGCUUUGACACUAAUCAUGCUUAUAUUGUUUCUCUUUUAAUUACUCUCUGUUUCCAAUUAUUGUAGUUGUGUGCUAAAGUUGAUGAUAUUUGUGUUUCCCAAUUUUCAUUACGGUCUCCAUAUUUAUAUAUAUUACAACUCUUUGUUUUCGUUU